CGGCGGAAGCAUAUUGUAGUGUUUACCGUGGGGAAAGUUUGGAUUUCAUUUCAAUUUGGGAUUUUUGCAUCAAUUGCAUUUUGUAUUCUUUAUUGUGAAAGGAAUUUUGUGCCUUAGUAAACAGCUGUCUUAUGUGUUUAAUGGUUUUAAAUGUUUCAAUCAACCUUUAUAAGCUAAGGGGCGGUGUGAUUUGCUGCACACCGAACAGGUGAAAGGUACCUUGCCCCUAGAAAGUUGAACGAGAACAGGUUUUUCUGAAAGCAAGGAAAAUGACUCAUUACAUCAUACUCUGAUAGUGUCUGAAACUAAGGAAAAGAUAUGGAUAAGAUUUUAAGCUCUGAAUUAUUUUGCAAAUUUCCAGACCACAGACCUGGGAACAAAUUAUUUACAGACAAUGACAAAAGGUGGCUAAGGAUUUUAAACGUUCCAUUUUCCAUAUGGCAUAAAUUAAACAUUAAAGUGGCUAAGUUAUUGAAAGUUCCUGAAAAGAAAUAUUGUGAUAAAUCAAUUUCUGAUAUCUGCCACAUGAAAUCAAGAACAAAUUGUGCUGCGACUCCGUCCAUGUUUUCACAUUAUGCUUACUCAUUUUUUUAUAUGUCAUUGUUAAAGUUGUUUUCAUGUUUUAUCAUCAUUUUAUUAAUUUCAUCUACUGUUUCUGCAGAUCAACAUUCUGCACCACAUUUUCUUGUCCAACCAUCAUUUGCUGGUGGAAUAGUGACUGAACGUCAGUCUAAGUUUCUGCAGUGCCAAGCAAUAGGUUCUCCUCCUCCUGAAUUCCUUUGGUAUCGAAAUGGGCAGCCCUUGGGAAAUUUCUCUCAAGAUCCUCUUCUGCGAAUACCACUUAUCACAAAAGAAAAUAGUGGACAGUACUGGUGUAUAGCUCGCAAUGCUGCUGGCACAGUAUUUAGUGAGAAAACAUCAUUAACUGUAGCUUAUAUGGGUGAUCUACUGUCAGUUGAAAACAUCAGUAUAACUGUUAAAGAUGGUAAUGCUGCUAUUUUAAAGCCUCCAGUAGUUGAAAGCAUUCCUCCUGUAUCUGUAUCAUGGCAGAAGAUUGGAUUUGGUCGUUUGCAUGGUAUUAACUACGCUACAAGUCUUGAGAAUGAUUUAGUUUUGCUUGCAGCUAGUAUAUCUGAUGAAGGACAAUAUCAAGCUUCAUUGACAAAUCCUCAAGCUGGCCAAGAAGCUUUAGGUGGCAUAGUUGAGCUUAAAGUGAUAGGAGAAAAACGUGAUUUUGUUCCAGCUGAAAUAAUUAUUCCCCCUAAAGAUUCUGUUUUCAAGCAAGCUGUAUAUCCUGCUGUUUUAGAAUGUAUUGUUAAUGCAAGACCUUUAGAUUCUGUGCAAAUAAUUUGGAAGAAAGAUGGUAAAGAUUUGGGUCUCACUGGUUUAUCUCAUCUGUUAUCACCUUGGAAUCGUACCAUCACUCUAAUAAAUGUAGGUUUAAUGCAUGCCGGUAUGUAUGAAUGUGAAGUCAACAUGCAUGGGAUGGAAUCUGCUACAAUUACUGCAACUGCGAAUGUAACAGUCAUUGUGGAACCUAUUAUCACUAAUGGACCAUUCAGGGAAACAGUAUCUGAAAUUGGGAAGACUGUUCACUUACCCUGUACUGCAAAUGGCAGUCCGGAUCCUGAUGUUACUUGGUAUCGCAAUGCUAAUAUGAUUAAGAACAACGUAGGGGAGCGUUUUGAAGUUCUUGCAAAUGGAACUUUACAGAUCUCUUUGUUAUCUGGUGCUGAUACUGGUAUAUAUCAAUGUGUUGCUUCAAACAUUGGUGGGGAAGUUUCUGCUAGUACUUGGCUUCAUGUUAAAACAUCUGCUCCUGAUUUUAUUAAACGCCCUAUUAAUGUUACUGUUCUCGAUGGAAAAGAUGCACAAAUAAUGUGUGAAGUUUCAGGUGCUCCUGCUCCUAAUGUGACUUGGAUUUUUAAUGAUUCAUCCGAAAUUCAAAGUGCUGGCCGUGUUCAGAUUUUAGAGAGUGGCAGUUUGUUAAUAGCAUCAGCAGAAUCUAAAGAUGUUGGCAAAUAUACUUGCAUUAGGGAAAAUAGUGCUGGCUCUGUUCAAGGAUUUGCUUUUUUAAGUGUUCUAGUUCGCACCCAAAUUGUUCAGCCCCCUGUCGACACGAGAGUUAUUUUAAGUUCAACAGCCGAAUUGCAGUGUAAAGUAUCUCAUGAUCCAGCUGUGCCUUACACAAUCCAUUGGUUCUUUGGGAACAAAGAAAUAUUGCCUUCUCAUAAUGGAAGAAUUCAAAUUCUUCCUGAUGGUAGUCUGUUGAUAGGUCAGGCUCGAAACACUGAUGUUGGUGUAUAUACAUGUAAAGUGCAUUCUGAUGGAGGUAAUGAAACACGCAGUGCCAGACUGGAUGUCAUAGAACUUCCUCAUCCACCUAAUAAUGUGAAAGCUGUCCUGCAAAAUUCAUAUCCGAAAACUGUCAAUGUGAGUUGGUCUAAGGCUUUUGAUGGAAAUAGUCCAAUAACAAAUUAUGUGGUGCAAAUGAGAGUUGUCCCUUCCACUGAUUCUGAAAUGGAAUAUCUAUUGCCAUGGGUAACUGCUCGAACAAAUAUUUCCGGGAAUCAGAGGCACAUCAUUUUGACAGACUUGAAACCUGCUUCUAGUUAUGAAUUCCGGGUGAGUGCAGUCAAUGGCGUUGGUGAAGGUAAUCCAAGUGCUGCUACAGAAGUGAUACAUUUGCCUCCUGAGCCUCCUAGUGGACCACCACAGGGUGUUGUAGGUGGAGCUAGAUCAUCUACGUCAAUCAUGUUGCAAUGGCAGAAACCAUCUGAAGAUGAACGUAAUGGCAAUUUACUUGGCUACAUGAUUCGCUACAAACUUGCUGGCUAUGCUGCAAGUCCAUGGGCUUAUAACAAUAUCACAAAUGAAGCUCAACACAGUUUUCUUCUUCAAGAUUUAAUUGUGUGGCAGAAUUAUGAAAUUCAAGUGGCAGCAUAUAAUGAAAAAGGAGUUGGGGUUUAUUCUGGGAGUAUAUACAUUCGCACACGAGAAGGAGUGCCUCAGUCAGCACCUACGGAUGUUCGAGCUGAAGCAGUUAAUUCUACAGCAAUCCAUGUGUGGUGGAAACCUCCAGAUCCACAGCUUAUUAAUGGAAUCAAUCAAGGAUACAAACUUCAAACCUGGCUAGGAGAUCCUGAAUCUGGCAUAACUCCAACUCAUACAGUACUUGUUGCUCCAAGUCCAUUAGAUCCCUUAGCUGAACAAAAUGCAAUAGUUGGUGAUUUGGAGAAGUAUACAUCUUACCAUAUCACUGUUUUAUGUUUCACGAGUCCUGGUGAUGGUCCAAGAAGUGAUGCUGUGAUUGUUACUACAAAGCAAGAUGUUCCUGAUGCUGUCAAAAGCUUGAAAUUUGAGGACAUUUUAGAUACUACUAUGAUGGUUGUAUGGACUCCGCCAGGGCGUGUAAAUGGAAUCUUAAAAGGAUAUACUUUAAAAUAUCAUGUUAAAGAUGUGCUGGAAACCAUGGUUAUCCGUAAUCUUUCUGCUGAUUCCACCAAUGUUUUGGUUACUGAUUUGAGACCCAUGACUGCUUAUACUUUUGAAUUAUUUGCAUGGACUAUUGUUGGGCCUGGGCCUGUAAAGACUGCAACUAUUCAAUCUGGAAUUCCACCUGUUUUACCUGGUCCACCAUCUAAAUUAGCUGUAUCGAACAUUGGAGCCUUUUCAGUGGUUUUGCAGUUUACACCUGGAUUUGAUGGCAAUACAUCGAUCAUCAAAUGGACAGUCGAAGCGCAAACUCGGCGUAAUGAAUCAUGGAUUAAGAUCUAUGAAGUAUCUGAUCCUGAAGCAUCCAAUAUUCAAGUCCACAAUCUGCUGCCAUUUACAGAAUAUAGAUUGCGUGUAAUUGCAACCAAUGUUGUGGGUUCGAGUGAACCAAGCGAACCAUCAAAAUUUUUCCAGACCAUUCAAGCACCUCCAUCUCACCCACCAUAUAAUGUUACUGUGAGGGCUGUCAAUGCUAAAGCUCUGAGGGUUCGUUGGACGCCUUUGCAGCAGGUGGAGUGGUUUGGAAUCCCUAGAGGUUACAACAUACUUUAUCAAGAAGUUUCAGAAAUUGAUGUUUCUGAAAAUGCAACAUAUCAGCACAUUGUUUUAGAAGACCAUAAUGCUAACAGUUAUGUUCUAAAAGACCUGGAAGAAUUUACUGAUUAUGAAAUUUCAGUACAGGCUUUUAAUGAUGUUGGAAGUAGUUCACCGAGUCAACCAGCUCGUGAAAAAACAAGGGAAGCUGUUCCAUCAGCUGGGCCUGAUAAUGUCAAAAUUAAUGCCACAUCUUCCACUACAAUAGUUGUAAAAUGGAGUGAAGUACCUAAGAUACAUCAGAAUGGUAUUAUAGAAGGUUACAAAGUUUACUAUGGAGCCAAAAAUGUCCCUUUCCAGUACAAAGUUAUAGAAAGCAAUAGUACAUUUACCACUACUCUCACAGAACUUCGAAAAUAUACACUAUACAGUAUUCAGGUUUUAGCAUUUUCACGUAUAGGAGAUGGUGUUUUAAGUAUUCCACCAGUAUCUGUGCGCACUUUUGAAGAUGUUCCAGGGGUUCCCUCAAAUAUCUCAUUUCCUGAUGUUUCUACAACAACUGCGCGUAUUCUGUGGGACGUUCCUGAAGAACCAAAUGGUCUAAUUUUGGCAUAUAGGGUCUCGUAUAAAUUUGAUGGCUCUGUAGAAAAUGAGAUUGUGAAAGAACUGGCACCAACAGAAAGGACUCUGAAAGUAAUUAAUCUUGAGCCGGAAACUUAUUAUAUGUUUUCAGUCACUGCUCAGACUAAUGAAGGUUGGGGCAAAACUGCCAAUGCUAAAGUUUAUACAACAAAUAAUAGAGAGGCUCCCCAACCUCCUUCAACACCUCAGAUCAGCAAUUCCCAAGUUCAAGCCAGACAGAUAACUUUUAGCUGGACACCUGGAAGAGAUGGAUUUGCUCCAUUGCGGUUUUAUACUGUUCAGAUGGCUAAAAAUGAUAAUUCAUGGAAGACAGUUGCUGCAAAAGUUGAUCCAACUGUAAAUAAAUAUACAGUUGCCACGCUAAAACCCUUUACCCCUUACAAAUUUCGAAUACAGGCUACAAAUGAUAUAGGAUCAAGUGGCUGGAGCCAAGAAUCAAACCUUACUUGGACUUUGCCAGCAGCACCUGAAAGAGCUCCAAGACAAGUUAUAGCAACCCCAUACACAACUACUUCUGUUAGAGUCAGUUGGGAAAUUCUUGGCAUGGAAGAUUGGAAUGGUGAUCUGAGGUCAGCUGGAUAUCGGGUGGAGUAUUGCCAAGUAUCUUCUUACUCAAUUCCUAGAAAUGGAGAUUGUCCUGCUGAUAAAAUACAAGGCGCUAAUUCUUCUGUCUUGUCUUUACACCAGUUAGAAAGAGACAGAGUGUAUGAGAUCAGAGUUUUUGCAUAUAAUAGUAGAGGUGAUAGCCCUCCAAGUCAUCCUGUUCAAGUAUUUGUAGGGGAAGCUGUACCUACCGGUGAGCCUCGAGAAGUAAGAGUUGAAGCCAUUAGUUCAACAGAGUUGAAAGUGUCAUGGAAACCACCACCACCUGCCUUGCAAAAUGGUGAUUUGCUUGGUUAUAAGAUAUUCUACGAGCCUCGAUCAAGUGAUGGUAUUGAAGAAAUGGAAGCAGUGCCACCUACAACUGUAUCCUAUGUACUGUUAGAUUUGAAAAAGUAUACUGAAUAUAAUAUCCAGAUUCUAGCUUUUAAUCCUGCUGGUGAUGGCCCUAGAUCAUCUCCUUUACAUGUUACGACUAUGGAAGACAUACCUGGUCCACCUGGACAUUUGGUGUUUAGUGACGUCACUAUGACAUCAUUGAAUGUGAGCUGGAGUCCUCCUAUAGAGCCUAAUGGAGAGAUUUCAGGCUAUUUAGUUACAUAUGAGACUGCACUUCCUGAUAUUGAUUUUAGCAAGCAAGUAAAACAGAAAGUGACAUCAACUUCUCUUAGUGUACAUGGUUUGGCUGAAGCAGUAACAUACACAUUUCGGGUCAGAGCAGAGACUUUUGAUUAUGGCCCAGAGUCUGUAGGCAAUAUAACUACAGGACCUCAAGAAGGAUCACCAUCUGCUCCUGAAGAGCUUAUUCUCCAGCAUACUCAUACUUCUCUUACCCUUCACUGGAAAAAUGGUCCACAGGGAGCUUCUCCAAUCAUUGGUUAUCUUAUUGAAUACAAACAAAUUGAUGGUAGUGAUGAGUGGCAAACAUUAGUUCUCUUGAAUAAUGGCCCGCAGACUUCUUAUGCUGUGAACUUUAGGAACUUGCUUGCUUCUACUUCAUAUCAUUUUCGACUUUUUGCACGUAACAACUAUGGAAUUAGCUUCCCUGCUACAUCAUCGCAGCCAUUUGCAACCCCAAGUAAACAAUAUUUGGAGUAUCGCCCCAAGCUACCUUUUUACCGAGAAGUGUGGUUCUUGGUUACGCUAGCAUCUGUGAGCGUAAUCAUAAUUGUUCUGGUAGUUUCUGUGCUAUGUGUAAAAAGCAAAGUGUACAAAUAUAAAAAAGAAGCACAGAAAUCUGUUCAUGAUGACCAUUUGAGCAUGGAUGAUGGUGGAUUUGCCUCAUUUGAAUUGAGGCAGUCUAAAAGAGGCACCUUGUGUAAAAACUCCCUUUCCAGGAAAAAUAAUAAUGCCAUGCUUACUAAGUCUCCUCCUCGUCCUAGCCCUGGCAGUGUCACUUAUUCUGAUGAUGAUGAUACUAAGGGUUAUGAUGAAAACUGUGAUAGCAGCAGCCUUACAGAAAAGCCUUCAGAAAUGAGUUCAUCUGAUUCCCAGGGUUCUGAUAGUGAAAGAGAAAGUGAUGGAAAGGUUGACCCUCAUUCCUUUGUAAAUCAUUACGCAAAUGUGAAUGACACGCUACGGCAGUCUUGGAAACGUCAGAGACCAGUGAAACCACCAAGCUACACUGAUAGUGAACCUGAAGGCAGUAUUCAAGUCAGUCUCAAUGGGGGUCACAUUGUUAUGAACAACAUGGCUGGGUCCAGGGCACCUUUGCCUGGAUUCUCCAGUUUUGUGUGAUGCAUAUCAUUUAGUUUUGUCUACAUUAGUUUUCUUGAUCUCGCAUUUUGUGUAGUCAUAAUAUUUUGACUACAUAGCAUUUAAAAAUCACAAUUAAUGCAAACAAAGACUUCAAACUUAUAUAAGUCUGAAUUUUAAUAUGUAAUAGAACUUCUCCAUUAAGAAGUAUUUCAGUUGUUUGACGUCUAAUUGUGUGCCAAUUAGUUAAGUAGUGGACCAACUUUUUUGAUUAUGUUGUUUUAAGAAUGCAGUUUAUCAAGCACAUUCUGUGUCUUGCAUUUACCAGUACUAUCUGGUCAUACCUGCAUUCUUGAGCUUAUGUGUAUGAAAGCACAGUUAAAACUCAUACAAUAUACGUGCAUUUUAUUUGCUCUACAUAUCAAAUUGAUCAGUUACAUCUAAUGAUUUUAUGUUUAAAUUAGUACUUAACGUGCUUUCUUCUUGACCAUUGGCAGAGAUCCCACCAAAUUUGGGCUUUUCUAUCCACAGAAAUUUAAAUGAACAGAUCACUCUUUAUUUAGUUAGGUAAUGAACUGAUAGAAAUUGCAGAUAUAGCAUAUAAAAAAAUUAAGUAAGUAUGAUCCCAACGCGAGCUCGCCAAUGACCAAGCAGUAAAGUUGCUCAAUACUUGUAGUUCAUCACAAAGCCAUCCUUCCUUGAUGCACACAUGCUUUGCCAUAAUGAAACAGUGAUGAGCUCAAAUCAUCAUUAUUAUAUGUAUUUUCAAAAAUAAAAUUCUGUAAUGUGCACAUUAUUAUACAUUUGUUAUGGUGCCAGGAUCGUGUUAUUGUCAAAACUUCAGCUACUUGUUAUUUUGUAGAAAAUGAGCAUUUUAAAAGUUUUAAUCACUUUUUCAAAACGUGAGAAAUAGCAGUUAAUGUAAAUUCUUUUUUACUAAUACUUGAUUGGCUUAUCGAGAAUUAAUCAGGGUUACAUAGAACCACAGUUAAGAUCUUAUAAAUGUGUUGUUGUCAGGGUUAUCCAUUAUUGUAACUAAAUUAUGCUAUUUUGUGAUAGUUUUGUUUGCUGAAAAUGGUCAGCAUAAAAAUAUGUUAAAUGCCUUUAAAUAUGUGCUAACUAAUUAUGAUGUAGUAUUGCUAAUUAUUCCAAUUUUAGGGGACCAUUAUUGAAGCACUAUAUCUGGAGCAUAAUCAGUAUUGAUGAAAGUUAUUGAGUUAUUCAUAAUGCAGUAAUUAAUAAUAUGAUUUUUCUCUUUGAUUGUGUGGGUAACUUUGUGUAUUUUAACUCCACAUUAGUUACACAAAUAUGUGAAUUAGUUUCUUAAAAAAAUUUUGGCCAUAAAAUGCAAUGAUUAUUAAGCAAUUUAUGGAUAAAAUUAAAUAAUAUAUUUCUUUUAAUACAUUGUGGGAAUUCAAAUUAGGGUUAUUCUAUAGCCACUGGGUAUUUGAUAGCAAAAAAGUUAUUUUUAAUUCAGAAAGUUAAUCUACAAAAUCUUGCAACUAUACAAUAUUUGAAGCUCAUUACUAAAUCAAAAAUCUGUUAAUGUAAAUCACAUUCCUAAAGUUUUGAUUGUUAAUAAUUAUUAUAAGAAGCUUACGCUAUAAGAAAUGAUGUACUGUAGUAUUUUGUUAAUUUAGAUAAGCUUUUAAUCUGUUUGAAAUUCAGCAUAUCUAUAUGUGUAAUAUAUAUGAUUAAAAUUUUGCAAAGAAUUGUAUUAAAUAUGAUUCUGAGUGUGGAGCAUGCCACAUGCAAAGUAUUAGCCAAUUAAUAGAGUAGUUUUUCUUUUAGAAUUAUAAGCAAUUUUUGCUAUCUGAAUGUUAGAUAUUCAUUAUUUUAAAUGAAAUACUGGUUUUGCUUAGUGCCAUAUACGUUGAGUAAAAAUAUUGCAUUUAUUCUUAGUUGCUGAAUAGAUGUGUUAAUUUAGACAAUUUUUAUAUUAAUAAAAAAAUAUAUAUAUUACUUAAUUUUUUUGUCAUUGACUGAUGUGGGGUGGAGUAAAAAAUAAACUGAAUGUAAUAUAUGCCUUGAUAAUGUAAUAUAUAUCUUGAUUUUUUAAAUAAAGUCUAAAGUAAAUUUUUAUUUUUAGCUUUCGAAGUAAAACAACUUAUGUACUUGCAUACUAAUCUGCUAGACUUUGAUCUUUAUUAUAGGUUUCAUAUUGCCAUUUUUAAUUAUUUCUUUUAGUGCAUUCAGCCGAGUUGAAAUUGGUUACUGGUAAAAACACUGCGGGAAAAACAUUGUGUAGAAAACAAUGCAAAGGGAAAAUAUCAUUGUAUAAAACAUUGGUAUAGUAAAGGAAACCUACUACUACAUCAUAGAUACAUACAUCUAAAAUACUCUGGUAGAAAAUAAAGCAUCAACAAAACUUCUCAUUAAAAAAUUGUGAUAAAAAAAUCCACAAAAUGUUCCAUGAUGAGAACAUAACAGAUAUUUUAUUUUCAGAUAUAAAAAAUUUUAAAUCUAUUUUUUCCUUACAAACCAUUAAAUACAUUUUCAUGAAAAGUAUACAUUAAAUAAUGCUCAUAAUAGCUGACUAUGCAAAUUAAAAAUUCUGUUGUUAUAUGUAGGUGUAAUUCAUAUCCAUUGUUUAAUUUUGAGUGCUUAAUUUUUCUUCUUGAUUUUUAAGUUAUUAAUUUAUUAAAAAAAAUAAAGUAAUAUGACUAAAAAUAUUACGUUUUCUUUUUGCCGUCACGGAUCAUUGUAUAUUGAGCAUAAUUUUGAAGUUUUUAAAAUACCCAGAUGCUUGUCUGCAAUGUUAUCAUUAUGUGAUGUUUCAUAAAGUGAUUUAUUUUUAUUACAAUAUUUUGUUCAACUGUUUUUUUAAAAUUGAAAAUGUUUUGUUGCUGCUUUGUUUUCAUGGUUUUUUCCCCCCUAUCAUGAUAAUGCAAAGUUCCCCCUUUGGUUGUUUUCUCUGUGAUACUUUUACUGUAGUUGUUUUUGGUAGAUAUAACAUUUCAUUUUACUUGAAGACCCAUUGUUAUUUCUUCUAUUUCAGAAACAAGUUUUUAUGAGUGUUUCAACAUUUUUAAUGCUGCUGAUUAUACAUUCCUAAGUGUAAUAAAUUAUAUUCUUUUUUUAACCAUUUAUUGCAUUCUCAUUAUUAAACAUAUAAUGGCAACUGCCAUUCUUUAGGCAUGUUUGAAAGUGUUUUAUAUUUUACUCUUUUUUUUUAAUUAAUGUAAAGAUUUUUUUGUGCUGUUAUUUGAAAAGAAUGGUUACCGAACAAAAACUCAACUUAUAAAUCCGUCCUGAUGUAACUAUAUACCUUUCCUGCCAUUGAUAGUCUCAAUGUACAAAAUAUGUUAAGAAUUACAAUUUCAUGCAACAAAAGACUAAGACAUUUUAGACUCAUGACAUGAAAGUGCCUCCGUGAUCAUAAACUAUAAAGUCAGUGUAAUGAUAUAUUUUUUGGAAUAUCUUUACCUUCCUCAGCAUUCUUCAUAGGAUAUUUCCUGUAUUUUUAGGAAAGCACAUUUUACCUAUUUUGUAUGAGUAUUAAUUUUUUAGUUUAUUUUGAAAGCUGUAGCAGAGCACUUGAGCUGGGGAUCUAUUUUAUGUGUAUACUGCCAUGCAUCUAAAUAAUAAAUUUAUUCAUAUGCAUAUAAAUUAGGUGAUAUUCAUUAUUUAUUCUUGCAGCUAAUAUUGUUUAUUUACAGUCAUGUCGUAGUUAGAAGAUUGUGAUGUUCCCAUGUUUAAAUUUUUUCAUUUUGUAUCUGUUUUUGUAGUGUAUUAUAUGUUGUAAAUUAUUAAACUGGAUGUUUUAGUUUGUUUCCUUCAGAACUAUCAAAUUAGCUGUAGUGCUUGUUUGGUUGUGUGUUAAAGAUAAAUUAUAUGCAGUCUGUGCCUUAUUUUAAUUCUUUGUUUGUAUUUUUCAUUUUUUAAUGUGUUACAUUGUAAAUAUUUUUUUCCUAUUUUAUUUUGAGUGAUAUAAUAUGUAUAUUAUUUUUGAGAAUUUUUCUUAUAUAUUUCAAUUACAUGUAUAAAAAUAUGUUGCUUUACUUGGUGUAAAGCAUGUACCUUUCAAAAUAUCUGUCCAUUUUACAACUCUUUCACAGCCCUAUUUUUAUACUGUUUUAGAAAUCUCUUUUCAAGUAUUUCAUUAAAAUAUUAAUUCAAUAUUUGUAUAGUAAAUUCGAAAGCAGGAGAGUGUUUUUUAAGGAAGUAUUUUUACAUUGUGCAUAGCCUAUCAGUUUUCAACAAUAAUUAUGGCUUUUUAACUUAAAUUUACUUUUUAAUUGUCCAAAACAUAUUUUACCUUUGGUUGUUCCUUUAAAAUUUGGAUGCCUUUUAAAGUAAUGUACAGUUUGAAUUUAAAAUAAAUAUUUUCUGAAAUAUAAAA